CGGAGGGAUGAGCCCCCCCCCAAAUAAUGGAGGAAAGAACGGUGGUAGGUACGGAAGGGCAGGGGGAGGCAGGGGCGAUGAGUGGGGGACGGGUUAACGAGGCUCGGGUGGAGGAAAGUACGAAUGGGAAGGGGGAGGAUAGACCGGCCCUGCCCGACGGGCAAGAAGAGGGCUUUGUGGACGAGGCUUGUAGUGGAACCAGGGACGGGAAUCACACCCCUCGGGAGGCGGGGGGCGAGACAGGCCUCGAACCUGGGGGGGGCAGCAUGUUGGAGGGGAAGGCGGGGAAAACUGCGACCACCCAAGGAGGAGGGCAUGACAAUGUCAAAGGGGCACCGGGACGGACUGAUGGGCCGGGCCGAGACAAGGAAGUGGUGUUUGACCUUGUGAAGGGAAGUACGCUAGAAGGGAAGGACGGCGAGGAUGUGGUGAUCCAAGGAGGACGUUUGGAAAGGGGGGAUGGUAAGGACGCGGUGGGUGGAUGUGCGGGGGGAAGCACGUUGGAGCGGAAGGCUGGAGAAAGGGAGAGCGAGUUCCCCCACGGGCGACUGCUGGCAAAGGGCGAUGGCUAUGUUCUUCUCCACCUGAUCGGGAUGGAUCAAAGAAAUCGGCCAACCAAUCUCAAGCUGUUAACGUGGAACGUGAAGGGGCUGUCAACUCGCUCACUAAACCAGAAGAGAUGGGAGCUGCAGCGGACCAUCCGCAAGAAUCAGAUCGAUGUUGUUUGCCUCCAGGAGACCAAGCUGGGGGAAGGACUGUGCCUGCAAGAUGCCCCCUGGUGGAAGGGGCCCCAGGUGUGGGCCCUGGCGCAAGGACGAACAGACAGAGGCACGCAAGGGGGGACGGCUAUCCUGAUCUCCCCCCACUUCCGAGGGGAGCUGGUGGACUGGAAUGCCGACAACCAGGGGCGAUGGGUUUGGGUGAUGUUGCAGUGGGCGCGCACACGUUGGUGUGUGGUGUCCGUGUACGGGCCCUCGGACCCCCGCGAACGGCUCGACCUCUGGGAGGAGCUCCGCACCCAAAUCCCCGAAGUCGAAAGUUAUGUGUUUGCAGGGGACUUUAAUUCCACUAUUCACGCGGGUCUGGAUUCCCUCCAGGAGCGCCCCCCCACGGCAGACGCGGAAGCACUACAGCUGUUGAUGGCAGAAUUGGAUUGUGUGGAUGUCUAUCGAACGGCCUUCCCUGCAGGACGGGAGUACACUUGGUAUGGGUCGGCGAACAGGAGGAGCCGUAUCUAUAUGGUGUGGGCCUCGAGUUCCAUUUUCCGACAUGGGAGUGAGAUUGCGUACUUGCCGACUGCAUUGUCAGAUCAUGUGCAGGUAGCAGCAAUCUUCCCGGUGGGGGGUGUUAUGGUGGGCCGCCCACCACCGUCUAUUCCCGCAUGGGUGUUUCAGGAUGAGGAGUACAAGCCCCUGAUCCAACAACACUGGGAUAACUGGCUGCAGAGGCGCUCCCAAGGAAUGGACGAAUUGGAAUGGGUGGUGCAGGGCAACGCCUUGCUGAGAAGAUGUUUGCAUGACCGGUUGGCAGGGAGCUACCGGGCCCAUUUGGCCACAGGACAGGAAUGCGCAGACCGGCUCAGUGCCUUAAAUAGUGGCCCAAAGGAGGAACAGUUGGAGGAGGAAUGAUCAGUUCGGCAGGGAUGCCCGCUGUCGCCUGCUCUGUGUGUAAUCUAUGUCGAGGCCCUACAUGACCUCCUUAGAGGGGAUGAGGCCGUGCAGGGAUUGCAGCUGAGACAGGAUGUGGUCCUCAAGUCCACAGCUUUUGCAGACGACACCGGUGCAGUCAUCCCUCCCACUGUGCAACAACUAGGGCGCCUCCAAAUGGAUCUGGACCUGUUCUCCCAGUACUCAAGGGCAAGGGUGAACUGGCGGAAGUCAAAGGUCAUACUCCCGCAGGGAUGCACAGCCCCCGAAGGGUGGGAUGUUCCCACCCUGGAGGAUGGUGAAAACAUGUGUUAUUCGGGUGCUAUGAUCCACCCAGUGGGGGGGGGUGCGCAGCAGAUGGAAGGAUUGGCAGCGGCCGCAAUCCUGAGGCUGGGGCGCUGGGCGAAGCGGACGCACUUGGGCGUUUUUGGCAAGGCAGUUGUCCUCAAGAACUCGGUGCUAUCUAUAAUGUGGUAUGCUGGGGCCAUCCAUAUGCCAAAGAGGCGGGUCUUCAGACAAUUGCGGACAACAGUGCAUCGAUACUCGUGGGCAGGCGACGUGGAAGCGAAAUUGGUAAUCCCCAGGGUGGCGUGGUCGAAGCUCACCCAGCCUAGGAGUCAGGGGGGGCUGGGGAUUUUGGACCCUGAAUUGCAGAUGACGGUGCUACAGCUGCGUAAUCUGCUGUGGGUUCUGCUGGGGACGGCGGGCGCAGCGUGGGAGAGUCUGACGACUCAACACCUGGCCCUGGCUCUCGGUAUGAUGGAGCAGAUGGUCCUAGUGGCGCUAGCUAGCCCAGGCCUUAUCACUCAUGUCAAGAGGGACCAGGUCUGGUCCGCUGUGCUACGGCUAUGGAAAAAAGUCCAACUGCAGCAGGAACUCCCGGUCACCGCUGACGAUGUGUAUAACCAGCUCCUCUUUGAAAAUCCCUGUAUAUGCGACGAGGACGGUGACCCAUUCCCAUGGCAGGGGAAGCUAGGGGCUUUUGGGAAGCCAUGGACGGAAUGUGGGGUGUUCAAGAUCGGGCACCUGUGGAAUGAGGAGGAGAGGGACUGGAGGGACGCGGGCGAUAUGGCGACUCGACUCCACCAUAAAUUCCGGAGACAACAGAAUUUGGAAGCCCUCAGAAGGGCUAUCCCCACGCAAUGGGUGGACAUAUUGAGAGAAGACUGCAGGGAGGUGGGAGAAUGGGUGCGAUGUAAGGGAGAGACGCACCCCCUGCAGGUGUACCAGAUCGUACAGCGAGAAUGGCGGGAACAGUGUGCAGUGCUGAAAUCGUUGUCGAACCAGAAGCAGGCAGGCCUGCUGUGGCUCAUUUACCACUUGGCGAUCCCCACCGCGCUGUGGCAGGCUAGCAAAAGUGACUAUCGAGAUGAGCGAUUUGCUGCAGGAUGCGGCCAGGUGGAAACCAUCCCCCACCUCUUCGUCAGCUGCCCGAUCAUCCAACAGUUCUGGCGGUGGUGGGCUGCAGAAGUGGGGCAGAGCUCCCCCUUCUACGUUACGGAGGACGACACAGCACACAUUUUGUUGGGCGCCCUGGUAAAGGUGGACAGGAAVGAUAAGGGGGAGCUAUACGCUCUGGAGGUGAUACGUGCGGCGGUACUGAUAGAGUAAUUUCGCCAGCAUCCCGAACACGCAGAGUGACGGCCACCCGUGGGGGGUUUCAAUCGCUCCCCACCGCAAUGCCGGUCACAGCAGCCCAUGCUGGCAGGCACCCCACAUCCAACAAGGGGGGCGACAACACAGUCGCCGUCCAGCCCUGCCCAAACAGGAGCGCACGACUUCCCCUCCAUCCGCUUCUCGCUCGGCAAUUUCAAGCACUCUUUAACUCUCUUUUCAAAGUUCUUUUCAUCCUUCCCUCGCGGUACUUCUUCGCUAUCGGUCCCUCGCACAUAUUUAGCCUUGGAUGGGACUUACCACCCAAUUGGGGCUGCAUUCCUUCAGGGCAGACAAAAAUUAAAAUGACUAUUUUGUAA